AUGGGUAACCAAAUGAGUGUUCACCAAAGAGCUGAAGAGCAAGAGAACGAUUCAGAAACAGACGCUCAUGAGGUAGAGGACUGUGUUCACAACGGGACCCCGGUGAUGGUGUCAACCUACACGGUUCAACUCUACGACGAAGUGGAUUUGGGAAUCAGCGUCCAGGAAGACAGUGCGGCCGCUUCUUCCCCAAAGACAGUGGAGACCAGCGCCGUCGCGGGUGCCGGCGGGAAGAAUCUCGGGAAGGAGGCCAAGCCCCGGGCACCAGCUGCUAAAUCGCAUUUUUUCUUGCCUCUCUCUCGGCCGGUACCAGGGCGUGCCGGAGACCGAGGCGAGGAUUCAUCGGAGCCACCCCGCGCGCCAGGGCGGCCCGAUGUCAGCUCCGCGGGCGGCCUAGGGGACAAAGGCGCGAGUGACAGCAUGGCCCUGCGGCCGGCAGCUGCGCGGGGGCCCGGCCCCGAUAAAACCCCCGGCCGCACCCCCGCCGACCACCACGGCCUCGCUGCCACUCGGGGACCCGUGCCUCGGCCACCUGAGUCAGGGGCGGCGGCCCCCUCCAAGCCUAAGGACGCCGGCUUUUUUAACAAACUCUUCAAACUGGACAAGGGGCAGGAACAGGCCCCCGCUGUCAGCCACCAGGAGGCCGAGUGUGCGGCGCGCGAGAACCAGGCCUUCGACAUCCCUGCGUGCCCCGGGCCGGCCCACGAUGUCCCCGCAGAGAGGGACAUAGUUGAAGGCCAAGACAAGGGACAGGAAGUCACACCCGUGAGUUGCUCUCUCCCGCGGGACCCUGAAGAAUUGGAGAUUGCCAAGGAGGACCCCCAGACAACAGCUAUCACUGAGGAUAAUAAUCCCAUCAUGAGCUUCUUUAAAACACUGGUGUCACCUAACAAAGCUGAAACAAAAAAAGAUCUGGAAGACACGGGUGCUGAAAAGUCACCUGCUACGUCAGCAGACCUGAAGUCGGACAAAGCCACCUUUGUACCCCAGGAGACCCAAGGGGCAGCCAAGAAUCCUACACCCACAGAAACAGCAAAGGAGGGUGCCAAGCAGAAGGGGGGGCCCUCCCCUCUGCCUCUGGGCAAACUGUUCUGGAAAAAGUCGGUUAAAGAGGAGCCCGUCCCCACAGGUGCAGAGGAGAAUGUGGUGUGUGAAUCACUGGUAGAGGUUAGAAGGUCCCAGGAAGUAGACUCCGCCUUACAAACGGUGGAUCUCAACGAAGAGGCGGAGGCCACACCUGCACCCCCAGAAGGAAAACUCAAAAGAGAAGAACGCAAGCCACCGACAAACUCCCUGAUGGCGUUCCUCAGACAAAUGUCAGUGAAAGGGGAUGGAGGGAACACCCACUCAGAAGACAUAAAUGGGAAAGACUCCAGCUACCAAACCUCGCACACCGCACAGAAGGCCACCACGCCGCCCGAGCCUCAGCCCCAGCCGGCAGGAGCGAGCCAGAAGGGCAAGGAGGGUUCCGCCAAGGACAAGAAGACGUCCGCCUCCGAGAGCAACAAGCAGAGGAACAACAAGCAGGAAGCCAAAGAGCCGGCCCCCUGUGCGUGUGCGGAGCCGGCCGUGGCCGUGGCCGUGGCCCAGGCCAACGCGCUGCAGAACGGGGACAGGCCCCAGAGGAGACGCGAGAAGCGGAGCCAGUCCUUCAGGGGCUUCUUCAAGGGCCUGGGACCAAAGCGGAUGUUGGACGCUCAAGUGCAAACAGACCCCGUAUCCAUUGGACCAGUUGGCAAAUCCAAGUAAACAAAUCGCCACAGUUCCCACCACGUCCUCCUGCCACCAAGAGGCCUCCUCCCUGUCCAUCUCCUCCCCAGCCCACUCCAUGUAUAUAUUUUUUCCUCUGAUGGCCAUUGAAUGAAAUUCUGCCUACAAACCAAGCCUGAGCUGUUGUAUAUUGAGGUGUAUUAUUUACGUCUCUGGUCCGAUCUUUGCUGGUAAAUAAUCGUAAGGAUGGUUUAGCAGGUUAACUUGUCAGGUCAGAAGAGUGGAUAGUGGGGUAGGGUAGAGGGAUCUUUCUGGUUAAACUAUGAAGCAUGGCAGCGACAAGUUGCAGGAAAGAAAUGGCUGCCUUCCGUAAUUAAGCUUUGUCUUAAACGGGCUC